AUGAGCGGCUGAGACACUCGUGCUUUGAGUGCUCUUCCCAGGAUGGCUGUGGCUCACGGACCUGUGGCCACCUCUUCCCCAGAACAGAAUGGUGCUGUGCCCAGCGAGGCCACCAAGAAGGACCAGAACCUCACACGGGGCAACUGGGGCAACCAGAUCGAGUUUGUACUGACGAGCGUGGGCUAUGCCGUGGGCCUGGGCAAUGUGUGGCGUUUCCCAUACCUCUGCUAUCGCAACGGGGGAGGUGCCUUCAUGUUCCCCUACUUCAUCAUGCUGAUCUUCUGCGGGAUUCCUCUCUUCUUCAUGGAGCUCUCCUUCGGUCAGUUUGCAAGCCAGGGCUGCCUGGGGGUCUGGAGGAUCAGCCCCAUGUUCAAAGGUGUGGGCUAUGGUAUGAUGGUGGUGUCCACGUACAUCGGUAUCUACUACAACGUGGUCAUCUGCAUCGCCUUCUACUACUUCUUCUCGUCCAUGACGCACGUGCUGCCCUGGGCUUACUGCAAUAACCCCUGGAACACACCCGACUGUGCCGGUGUGCUGGAUGCUUCCAAUCUCACCAAUGGCUCCCGGCCCACUGCCCUGUCUGGCAACCUGUCUCACCUGUUCAACUACACCUUGCAAAGGACCAGCCCCAGUGAGGAGUACUGGAGGCUGUACGUGCUGAAGCUGUCGGAUGACAUUGGAAACUUUGGAGAAGUGCGGCUUCCUCUCCUAGGCUGCCUCGGCGUCUCCUGGGUGGUUGUCUUCCUCUGCCUCAUUCGAGGAGUCAAGUCUUCAGGGAAAGUGGUGUACUUCACGGCCACAUUUCCCUAUGUGGUGCUGACCAUUCUGUUUGUUCGUGGAGUGACCCUGGAAGGAGCCUUCACGGGUAUCAUGUACUACCUGACCCCAAAGUGGGACAAGAUCCUGGAGGCCAAGGUGUGGGGGGAUGCAGCCUCUCAGAUCUUCUAUUCCCUGGGCUGUGCAUGGGGUGGCCUCAUCACCAUGGCAUCCUACAACAAAUUCCACAACAACUGCUACCGGGACAGCGUCAUCAUCAGCAUCACCAAUUGUGCUACCAGCGUCUAUGCUGGCUUCGUCAUCUUCUCUAUCCUAGGCUUCAUGGCCAAUCACCUGGGUGUGGAUGUGUCUCGGGUGGCAGACCACGGGCCCGGGCUAGCUUUCGUGGCUUACCCCGAGGCUCUCACACUGCUUCCCAUCUCCCCGCUCUGGUCCUUGCUGUUUUUCUUCAUGCUCAUCCUGCUGGGACUCGGUACUCAGUUCUGCCUCCUGGAGACCCUAGUCACUGCCAUUGUGGAUGAGGUGGGGAAUGAGUGGAUUCUGCAGAAGAAGACCUACGUGACCUUGGGUGUGGCUGUGGCUGGCUUCUUGCUGGGUAUCCCUCUUACCAGCCAGGCGGGCAUCUACUGGCUGCUGCUGAUGGACAACUACGCAGCCAGCUUCUCCUUGGUUGUCAUCUCCUGCAUCAUGUGCGUGUCCAUCAUGUAUAUCUAUGGGCACCGGAAUUACUUCCAGGACAUUCAGAUGAUGCUGGGGUUCCCACCGCCUCUCUUCUUCCAGAUCUGUUGGCGUUUCGUCUCCCCCACUAUCAUCUUUUUCAUUCUCAUCUUCACGGUGAUCCAGUACCGGCCAAUCACCUACAACCACUACCAGUACCCAGGCUGGGCUGUGGCCAUCGGCUUCCUCAUGGCUUUGUCGUCUGUCAUCUGCAUCCCAUUGUACGCAUUGUUCCAGCUCUGCCGCACAGAUGGGGACACACUUCUUCAGCGUUUGAAAAAUGCCACAAAGCCAAGCAGAGACUGGGGCCCUGCCCUCCUGGAGCACCGGACUGGGCGCUAUGCCCCCACUACAACCCCCUCUCCUGAAGAUGGGUUUGAGGUUCAGCCACUGCACCCAGACAAGGCCCAGAUCCCCAUUGUGGGCAGUAACGGCUCCAGCCGCCUCCAGGACUCCCGGAUAUGAGCACAGUUGUUGCAAGGGGAGAAGCCCCACCCAACCCUUGCUCCUACCACAGAGACUGAGGAGGUGGUGGACCGGUGUGACUGCCUGCCCCAUCAUGCCCUGGCCAGGGUGCCUGCUGUCACCUUGGCCACCACUGCUCAUGUCCCCAGUGUUUACACAUCCUUUGGAUGCCAAGACAGCAGCUGGGGGUGGAAAAGUGAUGGGGGUGGGGGGGAAGGUGCGUGGGGGUGGGGCAUGGGGCGGCAGUGUCCAAAGCACUUUGGAGGAGGUCUCAGGCCAUGUCCCCAGAGGCCUUCCAGGCUUCAUUAUCCCUCAUGCUCUGCCCUGAGCUGUUUCACUACGGGAUAAGAGGUUUUGUUUCCACACCCCACCUGUUCCCCUCCAGCCUCAUGACCAGUGUUCCUGACCCCACAACAGACCCUAGCCUCUUGCCCAGGCAAAUCUGUAUCUUCCUACUCCGGACAAGGUGAGGGCCCCGGGGGCUGUACAGUGUUAUUGUUGGACUGCACCACUUAGCCCUGUUUAUUUGUGUAAUUAUUUUUUUAAAAAAUUGUAUUACCUGUGGUUGCCACCCCCCUGCCCCAGCCUUGGGUCCAGUCUGUCUUCCAGGCCUGCCUGCACCUCACUUGGCUGCUCCAGGGUCCCUUGUCCUUUGUUCCAAUCCUGGUUGUCAGGCCCAGCCAGCAAAGGCCAUGACCCAGCAGCCUGCCCAAAGCACUUGUUUAUGGAGGGAAAGAAGGGGACUUAUCUGUAGAAAGCUUGAGCCCAGAGCCCUGGGGAAGGGGACCCUGCACAGCAUUCCCUUGCCCACCCUCCACCAGGUUGAAGGCCCAGUCUUCCCAGACGUGCUAACCCCAUUCAAUGUGCCAAAUGGCCCCAGCCCACGUGCCUGUCCCCCCUCUGCAGUCAGAGCACCUUCUCCCAAGACCUGCAGUCCGUGUGUCCGUCCUCUGUGCCCUCUGCAGUGACAGCCCUGGCCAAGCCCCUUCUAAUCCUCUGUAGCAAUAACGGUGUGCCGCCCGCCGCUGCCCAGCGUGCAGCACUCGGGUUUUAAAGUCCGUAGGUUUUAAUGAAAUUUCUAUUCCUGUCUCUGA